UCUUCUUGUUUUCCCAGCCCAGUGGAGCAAAAUGAGAGCGCAGUGAGCCGGGCCCAGCCUCUCUCCCAGCCGUCCCCGACGCCCACCAUGAACCACUUGGAGGGUUCCGCGGAGGUGGAGGUGACCGACGAGGCGGCAGGUGGGGAGGUGAACGAAUCGGUGGAGGCCGACCUGGAGCAUCCAGAGGUGGAGGAGGAGCAGCAGCAGCCGCCGCAGCAGCAGCACUAUGCGGGCCGCCACCAGCGCGGGCGCGCCAUCGAGGACCCGCGCGCCCAGCUCGCGCAGGAGGAGGAGGAGCGCGGGGAGUGCCUGGCGCGCUCGGCCAGCACGGAGAGCGGCUUCCACAACCACACGGACACGGCCGAGGGCGACGUGAUCGCCGCGGCCCGCGACGGCUACGACGCGGAGCGCGCACAGGACCCCGAGGACGAGAGCGCGUACGCUGUGCAGUACCGGCCCGAGGCCGAGGAGUACACGGAGCAGGCGGAGGCCGAGCACGCCGAGGCCACGCACCGCCGCGCGCUGCCCAACCACCUGCACUUCCACUCGCUGGAGCACGAGGAGGCCAUGAACGCGGCCUACUCGGGCUACGUCUACACGCACCGGCUCUUCCACCGCGGCGAGGACGAGCCCUACGCCGAGCCCUACGCCGACUACGGCGGCCUCCAGGAGCACGUGUACGAGGAGAUCGGGGACGCGCCCGAGUUGGACGCGCGCGACGGCCUGCGGCUGUACGAGCAGGAGCGCGACGAGGCGGCCGCGUACCGCCAGGAGGCCCUGGGCGCGCGGCUGCACCACUACGACGAGCGCUCCGAUGGCGAGUCCGACAGCCCGGAGAAGGAGGCGGAGUUCGCGCCCUAUCCGCGCAUGGACAGCUACGAGCAGGAGGAGGACAUCGACCAGAUCGUGGCCGAGGUCAAGCAGAGCAUGAGCUCGCAGAGCCUGGACAAGGCGGCCGAGGACAUGCCCGAGGCCGAGCAGGACCUGGAGCGCGCCCCCACCCCGGGUGGAGAUCUCCCCGACAGCCCCGGGCUGCAGGCUCCCGCGGGGCAGCAGCGCGCGGUGGGCCCCGUGGGUGGCGGCGAGGUGGGGCAGCGGUACAGCAAGGAGAAGAGGGAUGCCAUCUCGCUGGCCAUCAAGGACAUCAAGGAGGCCAUCGAGGAGGUGAAAACCAGGACCAUCCGUUCGCCUUACACCCCCGACGAGCCCAAAGAGCCCAUCUGGGUCAUGCGCCAGGACAUUAGCCCCACCAGGGACUGUGACGACCAGAGGCCGAUGGACGGAGAUUCUCCAUCUCCUGGCAGUUCCUCACCCCUGGGUGCCGAGUCAUCGAGUACACCUCCUCACCCCAGUGACCCCACGGAAGCCUCCACAAAUAAAGAGUCAAGAAAAAGCUUGGCUUCAUUCCCAACCUACGUUGAAGUUCCUGGACCUUGUGACCCUGAAGACUUGAUAGAUGGAAUCAUUUUCGCCGCCAACUACCUUGGCUCCACCCAGCUGCUCUCAGACAAAACUCCCUCCAAAAAUGUGCGCAUGAUGCAGGCCCAGGAAGCAGUGAGCAGGAUCAAGAUGGCCCAGAAAUUAGCCAAAAGCAGGAAGAAGGCUCCUGAAGGUGAAUCUCAGCCGAUGACCGAGGUGGAUCUCUUCAUUUCUACCCAGAGGAUCAAAGUAUUGAAUGCCGACACACAGGAGACGAUGAUGGACCACCCCCUGAGGACCAUUUCCUACAUCGCGGACAUCGGGAACAUCGUGGUGCUGAUGGCCCGCCGGCGGAUGCCCCGCUCCAACUCCCAGGAGAACGUGGAAGCCUCACACCCAUCCCAGGAUGGAAAACGACAGUACAAGAUGAUCUGCCAUGUCUUUGAGUCGGAGGACGCCCAGCUGAUCGCGCAGUCCAUCGGGCAGGCCUUCAGCGUGGCCUACCAGGAGUUCCUCAGGGCCAACGGGAUUAACCCCGAAGAUCUCAGCCAGAAGGAGUACAGCGACCUGCUCAGCACCCAGGACAUGUACAAUGACGACCUGAUCCACUUCUCCAAGUCGGAGAACUGCAAAGACGUUUUCAUUGAGAAGCAGAAAGGAGAGAUCCUCGGGGUGGUGAUCGUGGAGUCUGGCUGGGGGUCCAUCCUGCCCACCGUCAUCAUCGCCAGCAUGAUGCACGGAGGCCCUGCGGAGAAGUCGGGGAAACUGAACAUUGGGGACCAGAUUAUGUCCAUUAAUGGCACCAGCCUGGUGGGCCUGCCUCUGUCCACCUGCCAGAGCAUUAUUAAGGGCUUAAAGAAUCAGUCCCGGGUGAAGCUGAAUAUCGUGAGAUGUCCUCCGGUGACCACCGUGUUGAUCAGGAGACCAGACCUUCGCUACCAGCUGGGCUUCAGCGUCCAGAAUGGAAUUAUCUGCAGCCUCAUGCGAGGGGGCAUCGCAGAGCGAGGAGGCGUCCGCGUGGGACAUCGGAUCAUUGAGAUCAACGGGCAGAGCGUCGUGGCCACCCCCCACGAGAAGAUCGUCCACAUUCUCUCCAAUGCCGUUGGGGAGAUCCACAUGAAGACGAUGCCCGCUGCCAUGUACAGACUGCUGACGGCCCAGGAGCAGCCCGUGUACAUCUGAGCCGCGCUCACCGUGGCGGCGGCGUGCAUGGAGGACUCUCCUCAUCGUGGUUGUGUUUCUCGUGCUGCAUCCCCAUGUCCACUGAGACGUUUCCCUCUCGCGCCCGGCAUUCGGUUUUACGUGGGAAGAGAAGAAUCCACAAGGACCUCUUUGCUCUCUCUCUCUCUCCAGUUUGCUUUUUUUUUUUUUUUCAAUGCCAGGGAAGUUUCGUAUGUGCUCCUUUGAGGAUAGAGAGCAGCCUGUGUCCACCUGGCAUCCACCCAGGACCAUCCUGGGGGGCCUUCUGGGGUGGGGGAGGGCCCAGGGCUGGGCUGUCACUGCCCCAGGGGGAGCAGCGCCCUCCUUACGAGGAGAUCCUGGGGCAGCAGAGAAGCCGACCCAGCAGUGCCUAAACCCCGAUUGCUGACCUCUGCUGUCCUCCAGGGGGUUACGGGAGUAUGGGAGUAGCGGGGACCAGCCCAGGUCGUUAAGGUUCUGCCCUGCCCGCCGUGUAGUUGGGGCACCGUACAUUAUUUCCGCCCAGAAUUUCUGAGCCAACCUUAAACCUCUUCUGUAGCUAGUUUCAGUUUCCACGUGUAUGUGUUUUCUACUAGGAACCUUGUCAGCCCAGGAGAAAAGGGGAAAUAACUGCCUUGGACGAGGAUACCAUAGCGUUGCAGGAAGCUUGGCCAUUCCUGAGGCAUCCACAGCCUUGCCAGGUUGUCCCGAGAUCGUCAACCGUUAGACGAACACAGGCAGGUACCUUCUGCCUCUGCCCCUGUCACAUACACACAGUCUCACUUGCACAUCACCCUGGCGUCCCCGCCACCCUCAAGGAGACAAGUGAAAACCAGGCACACAGAGCCCCUGGGAGACCCACCUCUUGGGAAGCCCCUUCCCCUGGCAGGGGGUCCUGCAGGGGCUGGUCAGCGUCGUCCCAAGAGAGAUGCCCUCUCUGUGGCCAAGGCCUGGCCCUCCCAGCACCACCUUGGCUCAAAGUGUCGUCCUACUGGACUCCUCUCCCCGGACACACACACACACACACACACACACCACACAGCCUGGGAAGGGUGCAGCGCUCCCCUGGGAGACAAGGCUCUGGGUGCAGUCUUGUCAUCUUUCUUGGCCUAAGGUGAGACCAGCUUUCUUCUCUGCUCAGGGCCACUAGGCAGGAUGUGAUAUUUGAAAGGCCAGGACAGUGCAUAAGCCACAAAAUUAAGGGGACAAUAAUGACCUCAAACUAUGCCUAAGAAUCCCCAAAUGUGUUCCAGAAACAUCUUGCUGCCUCGUGAGUCUGAGAGUCUUCAACUUGUGUGGAAUGUUAUGUGUUUCCAUCAGGUGCCUCAUGUCUACGAUUCCGUCUCAGUUCCGCACAGACGUUUUAGUAAUAUUAUUAUUCUGAGCCAGUUUUCACUUAUUCUUGGUCCAAAGAGCAUUUUGUUUUCAUGUGGGGUGUGGUUUUGUUUUGUUUUUUGUUUUGUUUCAUUCAUGACCUCAGUAGAGACAGGGGAAGAGAAACUAAUAUAUUUUGUGAUAUUAAUAUAUUCCCUGUUCUCUGCAUCUGGGAUAUUUAUGUUGUGUCUGUGGAAAUAGGAAUUCAGUGAGCAAAUGCUGGGUAGGCUGUAUGUAUAGAGAGAUUGAAGGGAUUUCAGGGAGGGAGAAAAGUGAAUAUAUAACAAGAUUAGGAACAAAAGACUUUAAUCAGAGAGCUCUGUGAUCAAUUCACGGAGGUCUCUGUAUCUUCUGAGGUUUCUACUUGGAAUCAGGGAAGCUAAAUGCUUGGAAGGCAUCACCCGCUGAGCUCUGAGUUGUACUGUGGCACAAAAAGCCCUCGUGAAGAGAGGCUGUCGGCUGCCCAGGUGUCCUGGCCAGGAAGGGGCUUCUGCUUCUCCCGAGAGCUGUGUGGGGCGGGGCCAGGGAGCCGG